CGAUUCAAUCAGAACUGGAAAAUCAAAUCAGUCUGGAAUCUGAACUGCCGAAGAUGUCCGGCUAUCCACAUAAUCCUUCCCGCUACGGUUACGGCUACGGCUACGCCCCUUCGCCGUCUCAGCCCUACUCCGCCGCCCCACCGCCGGGUCAACAGCCUUACACACCGGUGGCGACGCCCUACGGCGCCCCGUCCGCCCCUUACGCGCCCGCCGACAAGCCGCAGAAGGUCGGCGAUAAACCUUACGCGUAUGGCGGUCAUCCGCCACCGCCUUCGGCCGCUCCUCACGGCUACCCUCAGGCUGCGCCGCCCUAUGGCGGUCCUUUCGCCUCGCUGGUGCCGUCGUCCUUUCCUCCCGGCACGGAUCCGAACAUAAUCGCGUGCUUCCAGAUUGCCGAUCAGGACGGGAGCGGUUUAAUUGACGACCACGAGUUGCAGAGAGCCCUGUCUUCUUACAACCAGAGUUUCAGCCUCAGGACUGUUCAUCUUCUUAUGUAUCUCUUCACCAAUUCUAAUGCUAGAAAAAUUGGACCAAAGGAAUUCACAGCUUUGUAUUACAGUCUCCAGAACUGGAGGUCAAUCUUUGAGAAAUUUGAUAGGGACCGAAGUGGCAAGAUUGAAAUGGGAGAACUGCGAGAGGCACUGCUGAGCCUUGGAUUUGCAGUUUCACCAGUUGUUUUGGAAUUGCUGGUGUCCAAGUUUGAUAAAACUGGUGGAAGGAGUAAGGCUAUUGAAUAUGAUAAUUUUAUUGAGUGUUGCCUCAUUGUUAAGGGUCUGACGGAGAAAUUCAAGGAGAAGGACACUAGUUAUUCAGGAUCAGCGACCUUCACUUAUGAAUCUUUUAUGCUAACCGUGUUGCCCUUCCUCAUCGCCUAGAAUGUAAAGUAGUCUGUAGAAGAGUUGUGGCUUGGAGUGUAUUGACAAUGUUUUAAUCUGCGUGUAUCUUUUUCUAUCAUUCCUUGCAGUUUCUUGUAAUAAAUUCGUUGGGUUAACUUAUAUUCAUGUUAUUUAAUGUUUGUUCGCUUGCUUUGCAUCA